AUGACAAACCAAGUUAAUAGUUCCGAUGCGAUUUCAUCGUCAGAUUCUACCGACAUCGCAAUUCCUCGUUCUGGUCGCUUUUGGCUUGUUCUUAUAUUUGAAAUUCCAUCCGUUAUAUGUUCGAUCUUCAUUCUCUAUCAUUUUCUUGUUUGUCGAUCACUACGUCGAGCUCUAUAUAAUCAUGUUUUUAUUGCCAUAGUUCUCAUCAAUCUUAUCGUUGAACUAAUCGACAUUCCAUGGACUCUCAAAUUUUAUCAAUCGAAUACUGUGUGGUCUGUUGCGCACAGCCUUUGCAUUGAUUGGGUUUAUGUUAAUGAAGGACUAUAUAUCACCCUCAAGUUACUCGUUGCUUGGGCUACCGUCGAACGGCAUAUUCUCAUCUUUCAUAAUCAAUGGAUAACAACGAAAAAACAAAUCAUUCUGAUUCAUGUACUCCCAUUGGUCAUAAUUUUAGUCUAUGGUUUUGGUCUUGCUCUUCUUGUUCGUAUUGUGAGAAAAAAACGUAGCAUGAAUCGACCAAUGGAUUGGCAUAAACAUCGCAAGGUGGCAAUACAAUUAUUGUCCAUUUCAUUUCUUUACCUGAUUAUAUAUGUUCCGUUCAUGUUAUUGGAAUUCAUACACAGCUGUGGUGUUUCAGAAGAAUUUGGUGCCGACUUUGUCUUGUAUGGAAAUUUCUUGGCAUAUUUUGGGAAUCUUCUAUUACCAUUCGUAUGUGCCGGAUCAUUGCCUGAACUAGCGAAAAAAAUCAGACACACAGUACCAUGUUGGCGAUGUCUAGCACGUAUUCGUCCUCUUGAAUCUUGUAGCAUGGCACAGACGACUGGCCGUAAAGUAAAUCGAUUACCAAUCACUGUUAAACAAUGA